ACAACAUGACAGCUCAAGAAAAGGAUCGUAUGGUGGACGGUAGAGUAAUUUCUAUACCAGUGAAUACACAGACAAAUCAACUACAACAAACUAAAUCUCUAAAAAGACAUGCGACAAACGAUGGCUAUCAAGAUGACAGUUAUUAUGAUAGACAACAAAAUUCUAGGAUUUUUAUUAAUUCCAAUCAAAAUACAAAUUCACAUUAUGACUAUGGUUUUAGCGUGCAACAACCUCAGACUACAACUCAUUCCAUUCAAAUGAAUUAUCCUUCUACUACUCGUAAUGAUAAUAUAAUGAUAAAAACUAAUGAACAAAUGUUAAUUCAAGAAUUUCACGCCAUGCACUUGAUUAUGCUUCGGUUUAUCACUAUUCACCAUUUAAGAUUGCAUGUCAACCGAAGUUAAAAGACACAAAACAAGUGGUGAAAGUUGUAAAUGAUAUAAUAAAGGCUAUUAAAAGUGACUUUUUGUUACAAAAUCCAAAUUUUAGACAACCAAUUUUAUUUGAUUUAUGGUGGAUUGAUACUGAUGGUCAUCUUCAUAUUGUUAUACAAACGACUGAAAUUUAUGUUUACCUAUGCAAAAAAGACAUAUGGCCAAAAGAAGUUGAUGGAAUAAAAAUAUUAGAUAUUUUCGCACAUAAAGACUGCACAAUCAAAUGUCACCAUUGUCAAGGUAAUCAUAUCUCCACCGAUUAUAAAUGUCCAGUGAUUACAGAAUUUCGAGGGCGUUUAAUUGAGGAGUUAAAAAGAAAUCCUGAACGUCUUCCACCUGACGUGCAACUCUUUAUUCCUUCAUCUUAUCGAAAUAAAAACGAUCGUUCAAAUAUUAUUUAUAAUCGUAAAUCAUAUGAACAACAGAUUUAUCAUCAACAAACUGAAACACCUAAUCUUUGGUUCAACCAAAGUGAUUUUCCUCUUCUGAGACCAACCAUAACAACGUCUGAUAAAACUAAUUCUACACUUAUUCAAAACUUUAAUGAUAAUAUUAAAAAGCUAUCUGACGAUUUGAAUGAUGUGAAAAUCAGACACGAACAAGAGAUGGAAAAAAUUGAAGAUAAAUACAAGCAUAGCAUGAUGUUAAUGAGUCAAGCCUGUAUAUUUAUGCAGCAGUGUCAACAAAGUCAAGAACAAAUGAUAUAUAC